AUGCUAGGAUUAAGAAAGGGAAUUUUUGCUGGCAAUGAAGUUGGAGUCAGUUGGAAACAAUCCCAGCAGUUGCCAACUACAUCCUUGGUGGAUGAAUCUAGCAUUUGUGGUAGAGAGGAAGAAAAAGAGGAAAUCAUCAAAAUUUUACUUUCAGACAAUGUCACAUGCAAUCAGGUGCCCAUAAUUAGUAUAGUGGGAAUGGGAGGGAUGGGUAAGACCACCUUUACGCAGCUUGUGUAUAAUGACCAAAGGGUACUAGAUCAAUUUGACCUUAUAGCGUGGGUCUAUGUUUCACAAGAUUUUGAUGUUGUUGCUGUCACAAGAGCAAUUCUUAAGGCACUUGGGUCCAAAGGAGCAGAAGAAAAAGACUUAAACCUACUUCAACUUCAAUUGAAGCAAACAUUGAUGGGAAAUAGAUUUUUGCUUGUUCUAGAUGAUGUUUGGAACGAAGACUAUGCAAGAAGUAGGAUUAUUAUCACCAUUCGUAAUGAGAAGGUAGCACUGAUCAUGAACUCCUCCCAUCUAUAUCAUUUGAAGCCAUUGGAGAAAGAAGAUUGUUGGAAGCUAUUUUCAGAUGUUGCAUUUCAUGACAAGGAUGCCACCAAAUAUCCAUAUCUUGUAUCAAUUGGCAAUAAGAUUGUUGACAAGUGUGGAGGAUUGCCUUUAGCUUUAAAAGCAUUGGGAAAUAUCUUACGAGUGAAAUUCUCCCAGCAUGAAUGGGUUAAGAUAUUGGAGAGUGAUAUGUGGCACCUAUUUGACAAUGAUGCCAACAUUAACCCCGCUCUUAGAUUGAGUUACCACAAUCUUCCUUCGUAUUUGAAGCAUUGUUUUGCUCAUUGCUCCAUAUUUCCAAAGGGUUAUGAGUUUGAUAGGGAUCAGUUAAUCCAACUAUGGAUGGCAGAAGGUUUGUUGAGUUGCUGCCAAAUAAAUAUGAGUGAAGAUGAGUUAGGCACUGAGUUCUUCAAUGAUCUGGUAGCAAGGUCAUUUUUCCAACAAUCAAGACAUCGUGCUUCGUGCUUCACUAUGCAUGAUCUUCUUAAUGAUUUAGCAAAAUCUGUCUCAGGAGAAUUUUGUUCACAAAUAAGUGACAGUUUGGAGAAAAAUAUAACCAAGAGAACAUGCCACAUUUCAUGGUCUCACAAAAUUAACAUUGAUGAUAAAUUCUUGGAGCAUACAUUGUUACUAUUAUGGUGCUAUCAUUUGGUUGAGCUUCCCAUAGAUUUGCACAAACUUGUCAACUUGCGCCAUCUUGAUAUGCGUAUGAGCGGAAUAAACAAGAUGCCAAACCACAUAGGAAGGUUGAAACAUCUUCGGACACUGAAUAGUUUUUUUAUCAACAAGCAUGAUGUUAAGGAAUUGGGAAAUCUCAACAAUCUUCAAGGAACACUUUCAAUUUUCCGGUGCAAUGAAAAUGAGGACUCAAUAUUAGAAAGACAGGUGUUGGAGGCUCUUCAACCAAAUGGGAACUUGAAAAAGCUUUCUGUUUUACGUUAUGAUGGAACUAGCUUUCCAGGAUGGUUUGGUGCAUCUCAUUUGCCCAAUUUAGUGUCCAUUGCAUUGACUGAAAGCAAAUUCUGCUUUGUCUUGCCUCCAUUUGGGCAGCUUCCCUCUUUGAAGGAGCUUUCCAUAUCAUGCUUUUAUGGAAUAGAGGUCAUUGGUCCUGAGUUCUGUGGUAAUGAUUCCUCCAAUAUUCCUUUCAGAUCUCUUGAAAUAUUGAAAUUUGAGGAAAUGAGUGCAUGGAAAGAAUGGUGCAGUUUUGAAGGUCACAGUUAA